AUGUCCGAGGAGCCAACUCAGAUAGUCAUGGAAGAUGCCCCGCCCGCGCAUCACGAUGGCGAGUCCGAGGCAUCUGAAGAUGAGAGCGACGAGGAAGCGCCCGCAGAGCUCAUGGUCAAGACCAGGGCUAGGCGAUCCAAUGCGGGCAACCGCAUGGCCAACCUGCUCGCCAAUGCUGCUGAAGAGGAGGAGGAAUGGGGUGAGGAGUGGGAGGAAGCUCCAAACGAGGAGGAGUUUCAGGGCGAUGUUAUCAAUGAGCAGGAGGACUAUAACAUGGAUUCGUCAUCAUCAGAAGAAGAUGACGAUGCUGCUGAUGACGACGACGAUGCAGGCGAGAAGGAGCUACGCAAGGCAGAGCGACAAGAGCGGAACAAGAAGCGCAAAGCCACCACGAAUCCCUUCACUGCUCGAGUCGCCGCCGUAGCACGCAAGAAAGUCAAGCUCGACGUCCCGCGCACACAGUCGCCCACGCUCGCUCCUCCCCGCCCCAAGAAGAAGUCCGAGAGGGCAUCAUGGCUGCCUACCGAAGAGGAUGGCCCGGUACGAAUGUCCAUGCGAAAACAGACGGUAGCCAACAAGGACGCCACACUAGCCAAGCUGAAGGAGAAGGAUCGGAGACGCGAUGAUACCCUAGCUAUGAUGAAGGCUGCAGAGGCGCGGAAGUUGAAGUCCAAGGAAAAGCCAUUGACGCAGGCUGAGAGGCUUGCUGAGGCUGCCCGAAAUGAGCGCAUCAACAAGAAGACACUGCACAGAUGGGAAGAGGCAGAGGAGGCUAGGGCAGCAGAGAGGCAGGCCAAGAUUGACGCCCUGAAGAACCGGCAAAUCGAUGGGCCCUUCUACCGAUACUACAGUGGGCCGGGCAUCUGGGUCGAUGAUAAGCUCAAGUAUACAGGAAAGGAUGCGCCAAGUCUGGAGCAUCUCGAAGAAAAGCUCAACAAAGAGGUCACAGCUGCGGAGGCGCCAGCCACACAGCCAGAGCCUACACACCUUCCGGUACAAGCUCCUGAAUGCCAUGCGGAUGAUGCUCAACCUUCGUUUCCUUCACUGGAUCAGUCUAGCAGCUCAUCGCAAAUGCCCUCAAUACCAGCAACUAUGCCACCACAACAAGACAAUUCGCAACAACCAUGGUCAGCAGCAGCAUCUCAAGGUGGCGACGUCUUCAUGGGCUCGUUUGGCAUGCAACACCCGAGCACCGUAAUGUUCGCACCACCGAGCCAAGAUUCGUUCCUCUUUGGUAUCGACCAAUAUGCCCAGAAUUCGCAAUCCCAGUCCAUGCAUGGUGACCAACUCCCUCCAUUCCCUUAUACGGAAGCUUCUCCCUUCCAAAGUCAAUACGCGACUUCACAAACAACCCUCUCCCAACAAUUGCAUCCCUCUCUCAGCGACCAUUCCCUAUCUCACCAGAACGGCGACUCAGCAGUAGGGCCCCAAGCCCUCCUUGCACAAUUUCAAAAACCCGCCUUACCUCCUCAACCACCACGGCGCAAAGUCAUACGUCGAGCUCUCCGCAACCUCCUAAUCCUAUCCAACUUCCCCAACCUCGACGCCCCACCAGCAUCAUCAUCGCGAGCCAGAACAGCAGCCUCACUCCUCAAGGAGAAGGAUAAGUCGGCUUUGGUACAACUCUACGCUGCGCUGUUCAACUGGACCCCUGCCGAAGCUACAGACUAUAUACAAAAGACCCUCAUUGCGCCACCAAAGCCACCACGAAAAAACGCCGCACCCAAAACUGAGCCAGAGAUUGUGCUCAAACCAGGCCAGAAGCUGUGUCCUAUUACCAACACUAUUGCCAGAUACCGCGACCCCGAGACCGGUAUCGCGUAUCGUGAUGCGCGUGCUUUUGGUGUAUUGAGAGGUGUAGUAGGGGGCGGUUUUGUGUGGAGCGGCGAUCUGGGAUGUUACGUAGGAGGCAGAGCAAAACCACUAGAGAGUAUGGGAGGAAAGGGUUUUCUGGGUAUGCCACCAGCGAAGAACGUGCCGAGACGGUUUUGGGAAAUGUCAAGUCCGUCAAAGAAGGUCAUGGCGCCACCUCCGCCUACGCCUACACCAGCGACAAAGGCGCAGAUGCCAGUCCACGAACAAGUGCAGCGUGUAGAAGGGCCAAAGUCGGCGGGGCAAACGCAAGGAGACACUAUUACUGUUGCGGCACCAUCUGUAGGUGCGUCGCAAAGUCCUGCGCCCGUUAAGACGGAGACUGGUGCUGUGUUAUGA